GAAACCAGAGUAGGAAACACACACUGACCUAACGGCCGGUCGGUGCUGCGCGUGUUGCCGUGUGCUGUCGUGUCUCUGGAGGUUCAUUUGGGGAGCUCACCUGGCUGUCGCUGAUGGAGACCAGACAACAAGAGUUGUACUCUGAUGUUCUGAGUGAUGCAGUGGUGGACUGGGGCAGCAUGGGUCCUGGAGAGGAAUGGGUUAACUCAGCCACACACGAGGGAGAGCAGGGUUUGAAUCAGGGUGUGUUUAACCCCUCUGGUGAGGAAUCGGUUAGAAGGAGCUCAUACGGUGACGACUUGGCUCCAGUGGCCCAGAAUGGGAAAACCCUGACAGAAUGGGGUAAAACUUCACCGUCAGGGGACGAUCAGUGGGGUCAGACAUCAGUGUCCCAAUCUGACAACUGGGUCAUGUCCACCACUUGGGAUAUGCAACUGGACAGCACAGAGAGAGGACACCUCACAGCAGGGUUCCUGGACUCUGAGCCACUGAGGGAGGCUGACGAAGAUAUGGCAUCAGAAGUCGACUUAAACAACUCCAGCUUGACGGAAGAGGAGAGAGAGGAGAUUCAGCAAGAGCUAAUUAAACUGGAGGAGGAGAUCAGCACGUUGAAGCAGGUUCUGUCAUCCAAAGAGAAGCAUUACGCCGAGCUCAAACAGAAACUGGGUAUGACCUCUCUGAGCGAGCUCAGAAACAACUUCAGCAAAGGCUGGCACGACAUGCAGACAUCCACAGCUUAUAAGAAGACAUCAGAGACGCUGUCCACAGCAGGACAGAAGACCUCAGCCGCCUUCAGCACACUGGGCAGCGCCAUCACCAGGAAGCUCGGGGAUAUGAGCAUGGUUGGUCUAGAGUUUCUGUUCCCUCGGAGGUCCAACUCUAUAGGCUACUCUAUCAGACACUCUAUGAGCAUGCCCACCAUGAGAAACUCUCCGAGCUUCAAAUCUUUUGAAGAGAAAGUCGAGACUACAGUGUCCACAAUUAAGACGAAGGUUGGCGGCACAGGACCAGGAGGCAGCUUUGAGGACGUCCUCUCCUCCGCAGCACAUGCCAGCUCUCAGGACACGCCCACCAACAACCUGACAGACGACCACAACAGGCCGUGAUCGAGCUGCAUCCACUCUGUGAGGCAGGAGUUAAACCAGGAACUGCUGUGUCACAUAUUUACUCUCCGACUGAAAUAUUACCGAAUACUUUUAUUUGAUCACGUGUUGCUUCUGCAGACAAUCUUAUGUUUGCUUUUCCUAACACUUGGAUGGAAUUUUCUGCGACCGUUAAUGCUUGGACUUGAUAGAAAAUUGACAUAAUCUCUCUUUUGGACCAAAUUUGCCCCUAAAUAUUAUGAAGCAGCAGUUUACUACCUUUAUUUUGAAAGAUAGGGACAGCUAAUAUUAAAAGCAGACAUACCUUUGAGUGUGUGUCAUAGAACAGCGAGCCUCUCAGAUUAUUCCACAUGGAACUAAAGUGGGUUUAAAGGAAGUAUCUGUUGACUACUUCAUGACUUUUAACAAGACAUCAGAGCUUGUAAAUCUUGUUUUAAAACUAGUUUAGACCAGUGAUUCAGGACGAGAUGAAACCGUUUAAGAACGUUGCAGAGAAAAGUAGCAGCGAUCUGAAGUGGGCUUUACAGCUCGUGGAUUUAACCAAUGAGACGACAAAUGUCAUCUGCCCUCCAGUGGCCUCCAAACCAUGUUAAACCACAGACCGUGAUCAGAUGGAUUUAAGGGGGAAACACAGCAAAGCCUUGGUUAUAAAAAAGGAGGAUGAGCAGAUUACAGGUCAGCUCCAGGAGGCAAACAGAAUCAAACCCUCUAUUUUCUGGCCUCAAUUUCUCCUGUCACUUGAGUUGAGCGUCUCAUGGUUUGGCUCGUGAGUCACAAAUCACAGCUGGAACUCCUCAGACAUAAAACAACAGAUUAUUGGCUCCUUCUUUUGCCACGUAAAUCCGACAUUAAAUGGAAACAGCCAUGUUGGUACAGGAUCAAAACUGUACUGUAACUUUCAAACCAAAAACUACACUGAAUUUUAUCACUAGAAAUAAGUGUUUGAUAAAAACACACUUUGUGUUACGUUUUCAACCACCUUGUACUUUGUACUAAAACAUAUAAAAAAUGUACAUAUAACCUGUGUUGAUGUGAUCGACCCAGAUGUCCUGGGUGAAAACAUUUGCAAACUUGUGUAAAUGAUUUUUCACUUAAAGAGAAGAUCUUAAGAUUUUGUUACAGCACCUAAAAAUAUCCUGUAGACUGACUUUGCAGAUGCAGCCAGUCAUGCUAGUCACUGCUGACUGUUGCACACAUUUUCUGCUGCUGACAGUCGGAGCCCAUCUGAAUGCUGGAUCAUAUUUAAGACAUGUUUAUUUAGUCUGUGCAUUCACACUGUGGGAUAACGAUAGGAAGAAAUCAGACAGUGUGUUUGCCAUGUGCAGGGAAAUACUGAGGAGAUGGGAGAGGUUUUCCUUGUAGGCUUUCUCAAAGAAUGAUCUUCUGACAGUAAUCUACUCAUUUUAACCAAGAGAUCCCUCUCUGGUAGAAAGCCUUUUAAGAAAAUGUAUCCCAACUGCAAAUAUAAUAAAUCAGUCUGGACGAUUAAAGCUGGGGUAGGCAAUUAUAUUUUGGCUUAAUUGGGCAAACAUCCCAUAAUUGACUAGCAUAGCAUAUUGUAAUUUGAGUGGUCUGAGAGAGAACUAGACUUCUGCACCUCCUCUUGUCUCUGUUUCCAGGCUUUCAACGUGAUUCGUACCUCUGCGUCUAAUAGACACCGUAGCCUACGCCAUAGCCUGACGUGCACCUCCCCAUAAAUGUAACUACACGUUGCAGCGACGCAGACCUCUUGGUUAUUUUUGUGGGCUGAAAAAUUUCUCUAAUUUACGUUAUUUACUUUAAUUUCACAGAUAAGAAACAAUAAAUUGUGAAGACAAUAAAGCCUCUACAAAAAUGG